CUAAUGAGAAAAUUUUAUCAAGCCUCCUCAGCUCUUGGACAGUUCACCUUGUGGCAGCAGGGGUGGCUUUAAGAAAACUUGUCCGUGGUGGAAAUUUUCCGUUAAACACUUAAGAAGAAAACAAGUGAGCCCGGCGGUAAAAAGGGAGAUUUGUUUUUGUGAAAGCCCAGAGACCAAGCUGUUGUAUUAUGGACCCCAGUAAGUCUGCCAGCGCUCCUCCACCAGAAUGGUCCACUGAUAAGUCCUCCGUGGGCCAGGCGCCCCCUCCGCCCUACCACGACAACCCGAACCUUCAGGCCGGCCUGGGGUACCCACCACAGCCGCAGGGCUAUGGAGCCCCGCCGCAGUAUGGAGGUGCAGGACAUGGGCAACAGGGAUACCCCAUGGGUCAGCCGUACCCAGCACAGCCGGCCACCGUCACUGUCCAGCCCACAGUGUACGUGACUCAAGGCCCGCUGGCAAACCCUGUCAACGACUACCUGUGCUACUCCAUCUUCACCUUGCUGUGCUGCUGCCUGCCGCUUGGAAUUGCUGCCCUCAUCUACUCCAUCGCAGCCCGUGAAGCCAACCACGUCGGGGACCAAAUGUCAGCGGAGCGAAGCAGCAGGAUGGCCAGGACACUGAACCAUGUGGCCCUGGGACUCGGCAUUGGGCUCACCAUCCUCAUCAUUGUCUACGUAGUGGUUGUGGCGUCUGUGGUUGCCAACUAAAUCUGUUUCACCAUCUUUGCCAUAUUUCUAGUCCCUAUUCUCAUUCUAUAUCUGGUAAUGAGACCACAUUAGGAACAUUACUGGUCAUCGGGAAGGGUUUUUACUGAAAAUUUGUAACCCUGAAGUCAUCUAAUUGGCUAAAAGUUGUUGAUAUUAUUAUCAACAGAAGAUGACCAUUUAUUGUAAAGAGACUGCAGAAGGUCUUUACAUGUAGUCCAUUAUUCUCAACACUGUAGUCAGUAACCACUACAACUUUCCAAAGAUUUAUAAUACAGCAGCAUUUUUUGUGUUUGUGAUUUGCUUUCUGUUAUCACACGUCACAUGUUUUGACAUGCCUUUCAAUUUUGAUGCCUUAGGAGUUCAGCCUGGUUCAGUGUUGCUCCACCACACAUGCAGACUUCAAGUACUAUCCAAAGAGAGUUUCAUAUUUCAUGUUCAAAUAUUAUCAACACAGUUUGUUUGAGUGUUAGAUUUCAUUUUGUGUUGAGUGAGGAGUUUUGUUCAGUUCUGUAAUUGAAAAAAAUUUGUCUGAUUGUAGAUGGAUGAAAUAUUGCUGCCCAUUUAACAGAAUUGUUGGCUAUAUAUAUGCGCUAACACCCUCUAACCACCUUAAAAGUAUGCUAACAUAGUAUUACGUUUAAAAAAAACUAAUCAAGGAUACUUCAAAAAUACUCAGGAGAGACAGCUUUGUUUAGCUCAUGCUGAACAAGGGGUGAACCUGUUUGUUUUUCUGAUCUGAGAUUGCAUGCAACAACGGGAUCUAGUUAUUUUUUAUCUUUAUUCCAGUUGAACAGGUCUGCACAGCUUCUCACAAAAUCAGUAGAGACCUAGCAACAGUGGAGCCAGUAUGGCUGACACAGCCAGUUGCUCAAACUUGCCUAUUUUGAAAGAUGUCGUAUGUUAUGUAUCACUGGCCUGGAUGCUGUUUGCCAUGCAAUGUCUGUAUGUUCUUUUCUUAAUCAAAGCUAAAAAAGUCAGAUUUUACUGUAUACCAAAUUUCUUUAUAAAUAAAGUUUUAAGUGUAGUGAAAGAAAAA